AAUAUUAUUUCCGGCGGGAGAAUGAUAACAGCGGCUGCUCCGCCGCUAAUACUCGCGUAUAUAGAAAAAAAAUAUGCAGAGCCCCUCAUUUGAUCCGCCUCUUCUCUUUUCUUCUCCAAAAUACGUUUUUGCAGCCGUCUGAGAAAGAAGAUCGUGCAAUCCCAAGAAGCCAAGUUGAUCUGUUCUGUUGGACUUCAUUGACUGGUCACUCUCUCGCUAACGCUCUCAAGCAGAUGGCGAUUGAUAAGUCUUGGACAACAUUGAGAAAUCGUGGUUGUCAAGAAUAUUGGAAUGGUCUACAAGCUUUUUUGAGGAUGGCGUCGGAACAUAAGGAUUCUGAUGGAAGAAUUAGGUGCCCGUGUGUCAGAUGCAUAAAUAAUAGAUUGGAAUCUUUGGAUGUUGUGCAAGCACACGUAUUCGAUAGGGGUUUUCAUCAAGCUUAUGAUAAGUGGAUUUAUCAUGGCGAGGAGGAAGAAAUUGUUGCCAAUGAGGUGGUUGAUGAGAAUGAAGACGAUGAGAUGAUUCAUGUUGUGGAAGACUCCCUUUUAUCGACAACUGAGGAAGUAGAAACGGAUCCCGGCACGAGUCAAUCUCAACAUCAGAGUGAAGGGUCUGGUAAUGAAUCUAGCAUUGAUUCGUCCCCGGCCGAUCAACACGAGAUACUAAAUAAAGUACUCGUGGAGAAAUCUGACUACCAAAAAGGUGUGAAAGGGAAAGGGAGAAUGUCAACCUCCAGCUCUACAAAUCAAAGUCAGUCCCCAACACAUACUGCUCCUACGCCUCAUGAAGAUAUGACUACUAUGGCUCUGAUGAUGAAGGCAAUGCGUGAGACGAUUCAGAUGAUGACACCCCAGAAAUCCAGUAGUCUGUAUAACCCACAGUUUGACAGCUUUCUGCAGAGGUAUUUGCCAUCACAAUCUGAAGAUGGUACGUCUUCUCGAAGUAACACCGCCCAUCCUGACCUGCAUACACCGCCACAACAACAGUACCAGCCUCCUCCACAGUAUCCGCCAUAUAUGUCGUCGCAACAACCUCCGCAAUAUCAAAAUCAGUACAUGUUUGGACGCUCUUCCCAGUCUCAUCCACUCUACUGUAACUUUACCGACUUUACAGGAGGAUCGAUGCAGCAUCCGCAGCCUAAUCUUAGGUAUGGUGAGGUUGGAGGUCCGUCGCAGCAGCAGCCAUUUUCUAGGUAUGGUGAACUUGGGGGCUCCUCGCAGCAGCAGCCAUUUUUUAGAUAUGGUGAGUUUGGGGGCGAGUCGCAACAACAGGAGCAACCUUUUUUAUCCACCCCGAUACACCCACGACCACGGGAUCAGUUUGGGGACCUCACGCUUGGACAAUCUUCACAGCAUCAUUAUAUUCCUUCACUACCACAACCAUUGCCACAGCCACCGCCACCGCCACCGCCACAUCAGAAUGUUGAAGAUGAAGAUAAUUAGCAAAUUAACCUUAUUGAUUAUAUUUAGUUAUUAGUUUAUGUAUUUUGACUAAAUUAACAGUGUAAUUAUUUAUUAUGACAAUAUCGGUAUUAGUUAGUUUGUUUGAUAAAUAUUAAAAUUAUGUAUUAAUUUAAAUGUUAGUUAUGUUUAAAUUAAUUAAUUGUUUAUUUUAUUCAAAA